AUGAAAAAAAAGGGUAAACUGGAAUGUCCAAACUGCCGCCAAUCACAUCCUAUUCCAGAGGGCGGGCUUCAAACACUGCCAUCGUAUGCAAUGGAAUUUAAAACAGCUAGACACUUGGACAGACUCUCUAAUAACAUCAAGUGCUAUUGUGGUAAAUACAACGCAGAUUUCUACUGUAAGGAUUGUAGUCAGUAUUUGUGUACUUCUUGCACAAAUACUCAUGACCAAAUUCUUGCACUCAAGAACCAUACCCCCCAACCAAUCAAAGCUAGGUCACCUUCCACAGAAAUACCUCACAACAAUUUAUGCCCACUACAUGAGAAAGAGUUGGAAUUUUAUUGCAAAGUUUGUAAAACUCCAAUUUGCCAAAAGUGUGCUAUUAUAGAUCACAGUGAAUAUGAUGGACAGCAUCAGCCAAUCAGAGCUUCUGAUGCAUUCAAUGAUCUCAGAAUAACAGCAAAUGCCUUGACGGCUCAAGCUGAUUUCCACAAAUACCUGGCACAAGCAGGAAUAAGCAAAUGCAUUGCAAAUGCCUCUGAGCUUAGUAAAAGAAGAAAUGAUAUUAUGAAAAACAUCAACAAAACUGCUGAAGAAAUGAUAAAAUUGGUCAGGGAAACAGAAAUUUCACUGGUAGCAAAGUUGGAAGAUAUCUGUAAAGCAAAGAACAGGAAGGGUAAUUCUCAAAUUGAUGAACUCAAAUCAAUUAUAUCAGAUAUUGAAGGAAAACAAAGUUACAUUGCAACAUUACUGAAAAGUGGUAAUGCAACAGCUCUUAAUACAUGUCAACAAGUAAUUAGGGAGCUACAAGACAAUGUUGGUGUCCCACCAGAGACAGAACCCAGAGAUGAUGGGAAGGUUUACUUUUCUCCAACAAAAGACCACAUACCAGUGUUGACUUCUCUGAAGAAACUGGGAAUAGGUCAUGUUAGUGAAAAGCCAAAUGAAAAUAUCUUCAAAAUUGUGCCUGAAAAUCCAAUGACUGUGACAUGCUACCAACCUUUUCAUGUUGAAAUAGCACAAAAAUAUGAAUGCGAAAUAGAUAUGAAUGACCUGACAAUAUCAAAAUCGGAAAUGGCAGCUUCAUGCACUUCAUCAAAAAACACUCCAACUUUCAGAAUUGUCAAAUCGGAGGGUAAAUAUCUUAUUAAAGGAACUACAACUACAGAUGUGACAUUGGAUGUUAAGUUUCAUAAUUCUUCAAUAAAAGGAUCUCCAAUUAAAAUCAUUGUUAAACCUGUUGAAAUUAAAAAGAUAACAUUUUGCAAAGAUAAUGGUCAGGAGAUCAAAUCAAUAUUUACUGGUCUUGAGGUCACAAGUUUACCAUCUGGUAUUAGUGUAGAUGAAGACCUUAAUGUGGUGUAUGUAUCUGAUGAGAUAGCAAAUUGUGUAGUGUUUAUAACAUGGAGAGCUAUGUUAAGGUUAAAACCAUUGGAUCUAAAGGCAGUCUUGAAGGACAAAUGA